UACAUAUAAGAGACUAUCAUCGCUGAAAAUAGCAGGCGGACGAGAAGAGCUGGACACAAAAAAAUGGAUCUUAAAGCGGAUAUUCCUCAUCUGACUCUUCUGCCUCAGAUCAGCCGUCCAACAAAAGCAGACCAAAGAAAUCACUAGAUUGUAAAGAAGGAUGAAAAAUCUAUGGACGUGAGGCACAUCUGUAAAAAGGGAUAUGCUGGAAUAAACCAACCGUAUUCGCUCCAGCACAAACACAGCUCCAGUUUGGGUCACAACCACGCGUUCCAAGAAGUACAGUAAGUGUCAAAAUGCCAUUCUUUGGCUGGAUGAAAUGGCCAAAAAAUUAUUCUUACAAAACCAGACAAUACCCAGGCUCGGAAGUUGUGACGAAGACUCUCCUGAGGGAACUAAAAUGGCACCUAAAAGAGCGUGAGCGACUGGUACAGGAGAUAGAAAGUGACCACAGAGUUCAGAAGACUGGCACAGAUUACAAUUGGCUAAAGAGCUACCAGCCUCCUCAGAUAACUAUACCGGCUACUGAACAAAGACAGCUCGAAAUCCUUUGCUCCCAAAUCCAACCCUGCCAAACUGCAAUCAUUCUCAGCAGAUUUCGAGAGGUGCUGGCCGAAAACGACGUUUUACCUUGGGAAAUCGUUUACAUCUUCAAGCAAGUUUUAAAGGAGUUCCUAGCCAAUCUUGAGAAGGAAGAGACGCAGGACAAACUGGACGACCACUGGAAUACAAACUGUCCGGCCAACUUCGAAGCAGCAUCCGCAGAUAGCGCCAGCAAAACAGACAAAGAGGAGAUCCCAACCGUCUCCAGUUACGUUGACAAACAUACACAAGGGAUGUUUCCAACUUUCUCCCACCGAAUCUGGAAUCUCCCCUAUUACUACCCAUCCAGUUAAGUUUUCCCCCUUCCUGCGUUCCCCAAUUAUUUAUGCACCUUUCCUUGCUUACCAUCCUGCUUCAAGGAUCUGAAGCGCCAAAGAAACCGCGAAAAUUGCCUGCUGCUCCCUUUCUAUCACAAGUUCAGACUUUUAAACUGAUUGCAGCUUGCAUCUAAUUUACGGUGGUCCUUAGAUAACUAGAAUAAUAAUGACCCCCUUUCAACCGUUUCUCCAGCUCAUACUGUGUACGAGAACCUUCUCAAUAAAUAUAUA